GACAAGUCCGAUGGUAGUGGUCAGCGUUUUCCGCACGACACGCCGCCGUCCUCCACCACCACCGCUCCUCCGGCGGCCCAUCCACCUCCAACGCGACUCGACCGCCGCCGAAACCCGAUACCCGCGUUUUAUUAUUAGUACAUCUCGAUCGCGAUUAUUGCAGCCGCCGCAGUCGCAAGUCCCGCGCAACUCGGCAACCGUCAGCAGAGCAACACCACCGGCACACCGGACUCUCGACGUCGUCCAACCGAUCCGAAUCGGACGUAUAUAAUAAUAUAACGUAUUACUCUACUCCCCCUCGAACAACCCGAAUUCGGAAUCCGCGGCGAGACCCCUGUCCCCCGUCAAAAAAUCGGUAGUGAAAUCGCGGUAACGGCCCGACCGACCGACCUUUUCGUCCUUAAUUUCCGAAUUUCUCCGAGCCGGCCGUAAAAAACCGACCCCCUUUUUUUUUCCGCAGCAGCAGGACACUUAGCAGCCGCACACGACAACCAUCAUGUCUUCGUCAACGGCGGACCUUACCGCGUCCACGUCCACCACCAACAGCGUGCUGGAGAAGCUCGGCCUGUUGCUCGUCGCUCUGGUCGUGCUCCGCCUCACCCGGGCCGCCAUGCAGUUUGCGUACCGGCACGUGUUCGGCCCGUCGGCCCUGUGCCGGGGCAACAUCGACUUCGUCAAGUGUGGCAAGUGGGCCGUCGUGACAGGUGCCACGGACGGGUUAGGCAAAGCGUACGCCCGGCAAUUGGCGGGCCGCGGCAUGGACGUGGUGCUGGUCAGCCGGACGCAGGCCAAACUGGAGGCGACCGCCGAGGAGAUUCGCGCCGAGUACCCGAGCCGCCGCGUCAAGUGCGUCAGGGCCGACUUCACCGACUCGGACACGGACGCGGUGUACAGCCACAUUGGCCGAGAGCUGCACGGGCUCGAGGUGGGUGUGCUGGUCAACAACGUCGGGCUGUCGUACCCGCACCCCGAGUUCUUCCUGAAGGCCAGCGAAGACCGGUGCGGCGACGCGGACGGUGGCAAAGCCGCCGCUUCCGCCGGAUGGGGAUCGCAACUGUUCGACAACAUGAUCCGGUGCAACAUCACGUCCAUGGUCAACAUGUGUCGGUUGGUGAUGCCCGGCAUGGUCGACCGGAAGCGCGGGUGCGUCAUCAACAUCGGAAGCACCGUGUCCCGAAUCCCGUGCCCUCUGUUGACGAUGUACGGGGCCACCAAGAAAUUCGUUGAGAAAUUUAGCCUCGAACUGAACACCGAGUACAGCAGCAAAGGCAAGCACGGCGCAAACAUCACCGUGCAGUGCGUGAUGCCUGGUUACGUGGCCACCAAAAUGAGCAAGAUCGCGCGUACCUCGUGGCUGGUCCCGUCGCCGGACACUUUUGUCAAGUCGGCACUUCAGACCACCGGACUGGAAACUGUUACCACUGGUUACAUGCCGCACUCACUGAUGGUGAAAGGCAUCGAACUCGCCCAAAGCAUAUCCGAGUCGAUGAUGGCGCGGACAGUAAUGAACAAUAUGUUGAGCAUUCGGACAAGGGCUUUGCGCAGGCAGGCCAAAGAACAACAGCAGCGAGACGAAGCACAGUCUACUGCGGCUACGGACAAAUAGUCGAACAGCUAUAAUACAGCACAGUCUAUAUAAUACCAUCGCCACUAACGAUCCGUCAUGGGCAUCUUGUCACUUCCUCGGAUAUAAUGCCGCGCACCACUACAUUACAGUUGUAUCGCGAUUGUGUGUAAUUUUAUGUUUCGAAAUAAGGAUUAAUAUUAAAUAUAGUUUAUAAGAAACGAAAUAGUAAGGCUAAAAUUUAUGGAUUAGAAUUAAUUUAUUGAUUAUCAAAUGAAAAUAUUGAAAUAAUAAUAGAGAUUAUCGGAUUAGGGCAUAUAUUAAAUUGAUAUAAACGCCCUUAAGAGUAACUAUUAUGUUUUCGAUUAUUGAUAAUUAACUAUGUUUAAGGUUGAUUUUGAACUUUUUUUUGUGUGUGUGUUACUCAGUUUAGGGGAUAUUUUAACUCAUUAUAAUGUUAAGUUAAAUCCUAGAAAUUAUCAACUUUAUUACCACCAUAUGACGGGCAGCCAAAAACUAAUUUGAUUUUUUUCUCAUUUUUUUUUCAAAAUAAAAAAAAAAAAAAAUGUUGAGUAUUUCUUAAGUAGUCUUUUUAAAUUUUAACCAGUCACAUUCCUCUGACUCUCGAGUAUAAUUUCGUGAUAGUUUGACCUAACGUUCUAAUUAUCCAACGAUAUUUCUCGGGACUAACCCGUUUCUAAAUUUUUUUUCCAGUGUUAGUUGUUAUUUGUUACCUUGUUAAUUUAUCAAUAAUGCCUACAAGUAAGCAGCCAAUGACUGUUUAUUGUACGUGAAAUAUAA